AUGUCUGAAAAUUGCGGGAAUCCCGUAUAUCUCGCUCUCAGCAGAUGUCUGAGCAUUCUGGGCGUGCUCGCGAACCUACUGUUGUUCUUGCUGGUGAGGAAUCACACGCCAAAUGUGAUGAAAAGCUACCGAAAAGUGCUUUAUGCAUCGUGUUUUCUGGAUGGGUUUACUGCGUUGGAGCAUUUUCUGAUGACGAGUGUGAGUUUGGCGGAAACUACGGUAGAUAUAUACUUUAUAUCGAUUUCAGAAAUUUUCAUUCGAAAAUGACGUCCUCGUGAUACGUUUCAACGGUCCAAUUCCUCAAUUUAUCGACCGUCUCGGCUGGUUGCCCAAUGGUAACUUCGCCUAUCUCUUGGCCCCCGAUUUUUUCUUCCAAAUGAGUGCUAUAUGCUACUGUUUUGUGCCUUACACUUACCGGUACUUCCACAUUGUCAGGUGGGUCGUGUUUUGAGUGGAGAAAUAAAAAAGGGAAUUGAUAUUCCAAUACAUGUUUUACAACAUGAUCCUCCGGGAUUGCACUUACUAGUUGCUCAAUUUUUAGGAAUUCGACCCUCAGCAAUUUCAAGUUUUUUCUCUUGAUUCUUGUAUACCUAACGCCUGCCUUGAUAAUUUCAAUUUCCAUUCCACUUCUCUCUGCCCAUGCGUACGAUCAGCUCAAUGACUACAUCGGGAAAGACAUUUCCCGCUGCUCAAGGAGAAUCCCAAUUUUUGACAUACGGAUCGUCACACUGGAAGUGAGUGUCGACAAGUUUGUGCUUGCAAUUUGUGCUCCUUUCCUAUUGUAGCAACCACUUUUGUAGUCGUUACAGAGCGUCGCUCAAGCCUGUAUAUCCUCCAUUCUGCUUACGUUGGCAUUCCCGCCGUUUCUGCUCUACUUUAUUGCUCGAAUCUACAUGAAGUUGAACGGGGAGCUGAAGGCAACGUCGGCUGCGGCCAGGAGAAUGCAUCGGCAGAUCACGAUAACGUUGACCGCUCAGGUAUGGAGUUGGGAUAUAGUUUUUUUUCUCCUUAUUUGAGGAAUUACUUCGGGGGUCAAUGGUUUGAUGUCCUAACGAAAAAGCCUUGCAUAUAUCAUCAAAACGCUUUCAGUCCAUCAUUCCCGUUCUCCUAAUCUCCCUUCCAUUCUUCCACAGUAUCGCCAGCCUUCAUUACAGUAAUGGCAGCGACAAGGCGGGUGCUAUGGCAACAACGGCCUUUUCGCUCUAUCUCAUUCCCUUGAUCAACCCGCUGGCAACAAUUUGGCUGCUCCAGAGCUAUCGGUAUACGCUUCUUGAGGCAUGUGGAAUCGGAAAAAGGUCUCAACGGGUAUCCGCCCUCUCCGAUGGAACUUUAAUGGGACGAUCUAGUUUCUCGGUGUUCGCUUAA